UGGGUUUGGGGCCCCCCUAUGAGGCUCCGCGCCCCACCUCUUUUUUUUUAACCCAUAAAUGCCCUACGGAACUUAAACUUCCGUAUUCUAUAAAAUAGAAUACGGAAGUUAAAAUUCCGUAUUAUAACUCUGACAGUCAUCACCUUUUCCACCAUUACUCCUCCCUCCACCAACCCCUCCACCAUUACUCCUCCGUCACCAACCCCUCACCAGCCCCCUUAACCCCCUCAAUGCCUCCAGACCACCCUCUCUCUCACCCUCUCCUACCUCACUUUCAUCCUCACUUCCAUUCUUCCUACCACCACCACCAACUCCUUCAUUGGCAAGCUCUCCACCAUUGGAUGCAAAAAGAUAGCAUUUGAGGGAUGACAGAAUCAUUUUUAUUUCAUGAAUCCCAAUUGAUUGAAGUUGGAUUGAACAAUGCUCAACCUGAAGAGGUGCCACCACCAGCAUUUGUACCCCCGUGUAUAAGUAUAGAUGUCUCGCAUUUAUUUACAACUGAUCAGAUUUUCCCUACCCGUGAUGAUCUUAUCAAUUGGGUUCAUGGAAUUGCGAUUGAAAAUGGAUAUGUUGUGUUGAUCACAAAGUCAGAUAGCGGUGGGAAUGGAAGCAGAAAAGCUCAUGUCAUGUUGGGGUGCGAGAAGCAUGGUAAGUAUGUUCCCUACAGAGACCCUGACCUUGUUGAAGGAACGAGAACACAAAAGACAGAAUGUCCUUUUAGACUAAAAGGACGACCUAUGAAAAAUGGCAUAGAUAGAGAUUGGCGGCUAAAGGUGAUGGAAGGUACACACAACCAUGAACCAGCUAGGUCACUACUUGGCCACAAUUUUGUUGGUCGUCUAAAUUCCGAAGAGAAGGAGCAAGUGGAAAAAAUGUCAAAGAGUUGGGUUCCACCGAGAAAGAUGCUGUUGACUUUGAAGGAAAACAAUCCUUUAAACUUGACUACCAUAUCUCAGAUUUAUGGUGCUUGCAAGAGGUUAAGAAAAUCCCUCCGCGGGUCAUUGACAGAAAUGCAACACUUGUUGAAGAAGUUGGACGGUGACAAGUACGUCCACUUUGAAAGACAUGAGCCUGGAUCGGAAGUCAUUAGGGAUGUAUUUUGGGCUCAUCCAAAUGCUAUCAAACUGUUCAACACAUUUCCAUAUGUAGUGAUUAUGGAUUGCACAUACAAGACAAACAAAUAUAAAAUUCCAUUGCUUGAGAUUGUUGGACUGACUUCCACAGAUAAGACAUACUCCAUAGCCUUUUGCUACAUUGUUAAUGAGGGCACAGAUGACUACGUUUGGGCACUGGAGUGUAUGAAGUCUCUAUUUGAUGGUCAUUGGUAUAUUGAUGGGCCUUAUGUUACUUAUCUUGCCUUUCAUUAUUCACGGUGUAGUUAUACAGGUUAUUUUUCAUUAUAA